CGAUGCCCGCGGCCGGGGAGCUGGAGGAGCGGUUCUCGCGCGCUCUGAACUGCAUGAACCUGCCCCCGGACAAGGUGCAGCUGCUGAGCCAGUACGACGACGAGAAGAAGUGGGAACUGGUCUGUGACCAGGAGCGGUUCCAAGUCAAGAACCCCCCUGAAGCCUACAUCCAGAAGCUGAAGAGCUACCUCGAUGUUGGGGGGGUCAGCCGCAAGGUUGCAGCAGACUGGAUGUCCAACCUGGGGUUUAAGAGGCGUGGUCAGGAGUCCACGCAGGUGCUGCGGGAGCUGGAGACCUCCCUGAGGACCAACCACAUCGGGUGGGUGCAAGAGUUCCUCAACGAGCAGAAUCGCGGCCUGGACGUGCUCCUGGAGUACCUGGCCUUUGCCCAGUGCUCUGUCACGUAUGACAUGGAGAACACAGACAGUGGGGAGAAGAACCCUGAGAAGGGCAAGCCCUUGGAGCAGUCAGUGGAGGACCUCAGCAGGGGGCCGCCCCCCGCCCUGCCCAGGAGCCGCCACCUGACGGUCAAGUGCCCCCCUUCUCCCCGGCUGACCCCUGCACACAGCAGGAAGGCCCUGCGCAGUUCCCGCAUCGUCAGCCAGAAGGACGAUGUCCAUGUCUGCAUCAUGUGCUUGCGUGCCAUCAUGAACUAUCAGUCUGGCUUCAGCCUUGUCAUGAACCACCCAGCCUGUGUCAACGAGAUCACACUGAGCCUCAACAACAAGAACCCCAGAACCAAGGCUCUGGUGCUGGAGCUCCUGGCGGCUGUGUGCCUGGUGCGUGGAGGGCACGACAUCAUCCUCUUGGCCUUCGACAACUUCAAGGAGGUGUGCGGGGAACAGCACCGCUUUGAGAAGCUGAUGGAAUAUUUCCGCAACGAGGACAGCAACAUCGACUUCAUGGUGGCCUGCAUGCAGUUCAUCAACAUCGUGGUGCACUCUGUGGAGGACAUGAACUUCCGGGGGAACUACAUGAACAGCAGCAAGCGAGGGGCGGCCUACGGCUUCCGGCUGCAGAGCCUGGAUGCACUGCUGGAGAUGAAGUCCACGGACCGAAAGCAGACGCUGCUGCACUACUUGGUGAAAGUCAUUGCCGAGAAGUACCCGCAGCUGUCUGGUUUCCACAGCGAGCUGCACUUCCUGGACAAGGCGGGCGCAGUGUCUCUGGACAGCGUCCUGGCCGACGUGCGCAGCCUGCAGCAGGGCCUGGAGCUGGCGCGGCGAGAGUUCACACGGCAGGACGACUGCACGGUGCUCAAGGAGUUCCUGAGGGCCAGCUCGCCCACCAUGGACAAGCUGCUGGCCGACAGCAAGACGGCCCAGGAGGCCUAUGACUCUGUGGUGGAGUACUUCGGAGAGAACCCCAAGACCACAUCCCCCUCCAUGUUCUUCUCCCUCUUCAGCCGCUUCACCAAAGCCUAUAAGGGAGCAGAGCAGGAGGUGGAGCAGUGGAAGAAGGCAGCAGCUGCCCAGGAGGCGGGCAUGGACACCUCCGGCCGGGGAGAGCCCCCUGCACCCAAGUCUCCACACAGGGCACGGCGCCAGCAGAUGGACCUCAUCUCAGAGCUGAAGCGGAAGCAGCAGAAGGAGCCGCUUAUCUACGAGAGUGACCGUGAUGGUGCCAUCGAGGACAUCCUCACAGAUUUGCGGAACCAGCCCUACAUCCGCGCGGACACAGGUCGCCGCAGCGCCCGCCGGCGCCCCCUGGCGCCCACCCUGCAAGUAGCCACCGACCUGGCCUUGUAGCUGCCUGGUGGCAGGUGGAUGCUGGGGCCCGGGCGCUCGAGGACAGCUGUGACCCCGCAUGUUUCAAGAACCUGGGCCCUGAGACAGCCAUACUUGGUGGGAGCCUGGCUUGUGACCUGUGAGGCCACCUUGCCGGCCUGGGCCUCGGCCCCAGGACUCUCCCUGAGCCUUAUUUUUAUACGAGAGUAAUAAAGAUGUUUGCAGAAGA